GAAGGUUGGUGAUACCUGUCCAACUUAUGUGCAUGAUUUUGAAGGUGAUCAAACAUACAGUGAAAAGCCCGGCCAUGAUUUCGUGUUGACUGCUAAUUUCGAAGGUUUAGACGCAUCAAGUUAUGAUACUCUUGUCAUCCCCGAAGGACGAGCUCUAGAGUAUCUAGCACUGGAUAAGGAAGUCAUUGCCAUAGUGAAGCACUUUAUGGAAGCCAAUAAGCAUGUUGCAUCUAUCUGCCAUGGCCAACAGAUUUUAUCUGCUGCUAGGGUCCUGCAGGGGAGGAAAUGUACUGCAUACCCAGCUGUAAAACUUAAUGUGGUUUUAGCAGGAGCAACUUGGUUGGAACCUGAUCCGAUCGAUCGUUGCUUCACAGAUGGAAAUUUGGUGACUGGAGCAGCUUGGCCAGGGCACCCUAAGUUCGUUGCUCAGUUGAUGGCAUUGCUUGGCAUUAAAGUAACAUUUUAAUUCUCAUUUUCCAUUGAAGCCAUCUUCAUCUACUCAGUACUUUUUUCUUGCUUGCUAACUAUAAUUAAAAUUUUAGUCUGGCUUCUUUUACUUUUUCCUCUUGCCUGUUCGUUGUUUGUUUGAUGGCUGAGUUCCAUGGUCUGCCGUUGUAGAUUACACUAUCAAAUAAUGACAGUGUCAUUCUUGAUGGCGCUGGUGACGAGAAAGAAAUUGAAGAAAGAUGUGAACAGGUCUAUAUAACUUUCUUCAAUUGAAGAAAGAUGUCAUUCAUGAUCAUGUCGUAUCUUUAUGGGGUCGUUCUGUUAUUAAUAUUAAUUUUGGUAAACUCAUGUUACAGAUAUUGGACAUUGACUCAACAUAUAGCACAUCAUACUAUUAAUGGUUGCAACUUAAGACCUGGCGAUCUCCUGGGAACCGGAACCAUUAGUGGACUUGAGCCAGAGUCCUUGGGAUGCUUGUUAGAGUUGUCAUGGAAUGAACAGAAGUCACUGUCAUUGAAAGGGGCAACCCGUAAAUUCCUAGAAGAUGGUGAUGAAGUUAUCAUCACUGGUUUUUGCAAGGAGAUGAAUACAACAUUGGGUUCGGCACUUGCUCGGGGAAGAUCGUUCCUCCAUUGCCUUGAUGAUGUUAUCGCCAAGUGUUGGAUGCUUCAGUUUCUCUUGUCAUUAGAUUUAGGAAUCGCUUUCUACAUGACUGUGCCGAAUGAACUGUUGCCUAAUUGAUAUUUCAAACCGAAUUUGAUAAAGAGUUUGGAAGCCUA